AUGGCGCGCUAUUUAGCCCGUAUUUCUGCGAACACGCCGCGUGUCAUCUCCGUUUUAGCCCUCUGUAGACCCUCGCCCCACUUUUCUUCCAAAUUCGAAGUCGACAUUAUGGAUGAAUUCACGUCCCAGUUGAUGCAAAGAAAAAUAGGCAAGUGGGACCAGAAAAAACGCAAAUAUGACGCUUUUUUAGAAACCCCAACGCCAAAAUUAGAAGACAAACAAACCAAUACAGUCACGGAAAAAGUGCGGCCGGAUAAUCUCGGCCUCAUGUUUCAAAAUUUAUUGGACAAUGAAGACACAGAGGGGGUUGUUCAGUUGAUAAAGUCGUGUGUUAAGCACAACGCGGCGCCCCCAGCGACCGCGGUGAUAAAUAUUGCCUCGGUUUGUGCUCACAGCGGAGAAAGAGACACUCUUGUACAACUACAAGAGUUAUGCCAACGCCACCAUCCACAACUAUUGAAGGAAAAUUCACAGUUUAGAGACUUUCUAGCGCAGGCUGUAUGGGUCAGAGGUGACGUUUCAAAAGCUUUGGAGAUGUUUGAAGACGUGUAUCGAGAAAAUGCCUACUUGCGUCGAAGAAUCAGGCUCAUGUUGAAGUAUUUGAUUGCUGAUUUGGUGACAAAUGGCAGCGAGGCGGCGCUUGGAAACAUGAUUAGUUUUUCAGAACGCAUUGUUAAGGAUUUCCAAGACUUUUUUCCAUUGGCUUGCGUAUGGCAAGGGUGUUUUUUAAGUGAGUGGUUUACCGAUCAAAGGGUCGCUUUAGAACUUCUAGAGAAGCAUAAUGGCUUGUGCAAGUCUGUGAUCAAUAGGAUACCUUACGUAGUUUUCAUUUCUUUGAAGUGUCACAGGACUGAGGUUGUCUACAGGUUGUUGGAAAUACUGUUGAAGUAUAGGAUGAAGCCCCAGUAUUCAAGUGUGUUGGGGUCACUUCUGGAUUAUCAGUUUAGGCGCGGCGACUGGACCCGCUGCUCUGAAAUAAUCAACUGGGCCGUGGACAACGAGGUGCCGUUGCCUCAGAAGCACCACAUUCAACUGAUCAACCUCAUUCUUAACCAAAAAAUGAAAACUCCGCUCGCCCCUAUAGAAAAGAAAGCUGAAGACCGCAACUACGAGUUUAAAUUUUAGUAAAAUAAAACUGCAAAUAAUAUAAAUGUUUUAA